CUGUGGGGCCGGAGGGGCCGCGGGACUACAGCUCCCGGCGUGCCCCGCGGCAGGACUACCGCUCCCGGCAUGCUUCGCGCUAGGACUACAACUCCCGGCGUGCCCCGCGCGACCUCCACAGCGGCGGGAGCGGCGCGGCAUGCGGCUCUCGGUCCUGCUGAGCGCGGCACGGCCGCGGCUGCCCCGGGGCUACCGGCACGGCACGUGGCCCCCCGACUCCACGGCCGCCCGGCUCCGCAACCCGCCGGGCCAGCGCCGCCGCAAGGUCUUCGUGGAGCCCGUGGCCAAGGACGACUGGAAGGUGUUCAAGGGUGACACGGUGCAGCUGCUGGCCGGGAAGGACGCGGGCAGGCAGGGCAUGGUCACGCAGGUGGUGCGAGAGCGCAACUGGGUGGUGGUGGAAGGGCUGAACACGCACUUUCGCUACGUCAACCGCACGGCCAAGUACUCGGGCUCCUACAUCGCCAGCGAGGCGCCGCUGCUGCUCAGCCAGAUCUGCCUGGUGGACCCCGAGGACCGGAAGCCGACGGAGGUGGAGUGGAGGUACACGGAGCAGGGCGAGCGCGUGCGCGUGUCGCUGCGCAGCGGCCGCAUCCUGCCCGUGCCCCCGCAGCCACGCCGGGACGGCGUCGUCCCCGAGCAGUGGAUCGAUGGCCCCAAGGACACGUCGGAGGAGGACGCGCUGGCCAAGACGUACCGGCCGUCGCUGAAGACCUUCGAGGAGGAGAUCAUGGAUGCCAUGGGCAUCGUGGAGACACGGCGGGCCAAGAAAUCCUACUGGUAUUGACUGGGAGAGCUGGGAACCCCCCCAGCCAGCCCAGGAAAUCCUACUGGUGUUAACUGGGAGCCCCCCCAGCCAGCCCAGGAAAUCCUACUGGUGUUAACUGGGAGAACUGGGAGCCCCCCAAGCCAGGCCAGGAAAUGCUACUGGUAUUGACUGGCGGAGCUCAGAGCCCCCCAAGCCAGCCCAGGAAAUCCUACUGGUAUUAACUGGGAGAGCUGGGAGCCCCCCAAGCCAGGCUAAGAAAUCCUACUGGUAUUAAGUGGGAGAACUGGGAGCCCACCCAGCCAGCCCAGGAAAUCCUACUGGUAUUAACUGGGAGAGCUCAGAGCCCCCCAAGCCAGGCCAGGAAAUCCUACUGGUAUUGACUGGGAGAGCUGGGAACCCCCCAAGCCAGGCUAAGAAAUCCUACUGGUAUUAAGUGGGAGAACUGGGAGCCCACCCAGCCAGGCUAGGAAAUCCUACUGGUGUUAACUGGGAGCCCCCCCAGCCAGGCCAGGAAAUCCUACUGGUAUUAACUGGGAGAGCUGGGAGCACCCCGAGCCAGGCUAGGAGAUGCUACUGGUGUUAACUGGGGGAGCUGGGAGCCCCCUGAGCUGGGCUCUGCAAUAAACACCCCCUGGAUUUGC